AUGCACCAGGAGCUCGAUGAACUUGAUAAUCUUGCAUGUUCUAAGAAAGACAUGACGAAGGAAAAGCCACGCACCUGUAAGUACAUACAUGUGGAGUCACUCUUAUCAGUGUCAGACGUUGUACUUCCUUUUCAUACAGUACACAGGAACGCAAACAGAAGGAGAAUGAUAUUCUUUAUAUUAUGCUGCGUUUUCUUAAGUGUCCACGCCAAUCCUUUUCCGGAAGGAAGCGACGCUGAAGCCCGAUGGGUUUUUCAUCUCGCUGAUCACGACCACAACUAUAAACUAACACUGGUGGAAUUCCAAAGAAUUUUCUUCGAUUUUGAUCGAAACCAUGAUAAGUCGGUAACUAGCGACGAGUUUCUAGUGGAUUGGCGUGAGCGAAAUCUUGGGUCAUCUUUCGAGGCUGUGAUUCUGUUUCAUCACUUAGACGUGGACAGAAAUGGACAAAUCGAAGAAAGGGACAUUCCCUGGAUUCUUGCCUUCUUUGACAGAAACUUGGACGGUUACGUUGGACAAGCAGAGUUUGUCAUUACAUGGCUUAAGUUAAUCCAUUCUAUCCAGUCGAAAUAAAUGUGAAACAC